AGUGCAUGAGUGCACGAGAACAGAGAAGCGCGCGGCCCGAGUCUGGCGAGAUCUCUGCCCUGAGCGCUUCACCUCCAGCACACACACACACACACACACACACACACGAGCGCACACACACACUGAGGCAGACAUGGAGUUCAGCAUUCGCGCAGGCAACGUGGAAGACUGCAAGGACAUCGCGCGAAUGAUAGCGGAACUGACAGAAUUCGAGGGCAUGUCAGAUCACCUGACACUGACUCAGAAAGAUUUGGAGCAAGACGGCUUCUGCAAGAAACCCUUCUUUCACGCGAUCAUGACCGAGGUGCCUGAAAGCCACAAGUCCAGUAACGGCCAUACAAAGAUCGGCUACGCUCUUUACUACUUUGCCUACAGCUCAAGCAAAGGCAGGACUGUUCACAUGGAGGACUUGUACGUGAUGCCGGAGUUCAGAGGAAAAGGCAUUGGUAAAGCGCUGAUGAGUAAAGUGGCCCAGCUUGGCAUGGCUGCUGGCUGCAAGCAGCUGGACUUCAUCGUCAAGGACACAAACACGUCGGCCAUCGACUUCUACGCCAGGACGGGCUGCUUCGACGUGACCGAGCACCACGGAUACCACCUAAUGCGCUGCGAGGGCGAGGCCAUGCAGAGCCUGGCGCAGCCGUAGGCUCGCCAGGUCGAACCGCACGGCAGGGAUCGCACUUUCGCUCCUGCAGCUUCACUUUACCUCAAGAUUCACAUCUUAUGGGCCGGUUGGAUUUGAGUCGCUUCUCUUUUAAAUGCCACACAGGCUUUAGCAGGAUAGUUUAAAGUGAUACUAAGGAACUUUUGAACCUCAAUAAAACAUUUUAAUAUCUUUUGUGAUGAUACAUCGACCCUCUGUCACGGGCUGAGGGCGUCAGUAUUGCUUUCACUUGGAAAAAGCAACUGUGAGGAGGGU